CUCAAGGCUCAGUUUUGGCUCCCGCGGGGGCGGCCUGUCCGGGGAGCGAGGGCCGCUUGAGCGGGGACGCCCGCUCCGCCGGAGGGCCCUGCCGGCACCAUGCAGCAGCAGUUGGCCAUGCAGCAGCAGUUGGCCAUGCAGCAGCAGGCGGCCGCUCAGCAAGCGGCGGCAGCGCAGCAGGGAGGCCAGCCGGCGCUGACGGCUCAGCAGCAGCAGCACGUCCAGGCUUACCUGCAGCAGGCGGCCCAGCAGGGCUACAACCAGCAGCAGUUGCAGCAGUUGCAGCAGCAGCUGCUGGCCCAGUGCCAGCAGCAGAACGCGCAGGCCUCCGCGCAGCAGCAGCAGCCCUCGGGCCAGCAGCAGCAGGGUGCGGCCGCCCAGCAGCAGGGCUGUUCGCCGCAGCAGCAGCAGAUGCAGCAGAUGCAGCAGAUGCAGCAGAUGCAACAGAUGCAGCAGAUGCAGCAGAUGCAGCAGCAGGCGCAGCAGCAGUCCCAGAUGCAGGCGCAGCAGCGCGCGCAGCAGAUGCAGCAGGCGCAGCAGCAGCAGCCGCAGCAGCAGCCGCAGCAGCAGAGUCCCACGGGCAUGCCAGAGACAGUUGGCAGCGAACGGCAGAUCACCGUACAGGGGUGCACCCACGCCACGGUGGGCGCCAUCGUCCGCGGGGCCUUCACGUUGAGCACCGAAAACCACGGGAAGCCGGCGUACAAGAAGGAUUCGCAGGUCAACGGCCUGGACGUCAUGCUCUAUUUUUGGGACGAGCGCGACGGGCCGAGCUUCUGCGGCUGGUGGUUCGGCCCGAAGAUAGGGGGCGACCAGGUGUGGGCGUACCACCCAGCCAAAGAGGCGUCAUCGCCACCGAAGGCAGGCUGGAAGGUCCCCUACGACGGUCCGGUGGACACCACCUUCGUGCUCACGCCGGGGGCAGCGCAGCAGCCAGCUUCUAACGGAGCCCAGAACCAGCUCCAGCAGCAGAUGCGGGCAACGCCCCAGGUCGCGAACCCGCAGCUGCAGCAGCAGCAGCAGUGGCAGCAGCAGCAGCAGAUGCAGUUGCAACAGCAGCAGCUGCAGCAGCAGCAGAUGCAGCUGCAGAAGCAGCAGCAGAUGCAGCUGCAGCAGCAGUUGCUGCGGCAGCAGCAGCAGCAGCAGAUGGAGGCAGUCAGGGUGCAGCAGCAGAAGCAGCAGCAGGAGCAGCGGGCCACCCUCGCCGUCCGCCGGGUCAUCCAGCUGAUGCGGGCAGCGAGGGAGGAGACUUUCGACGCGCUCAAGGCGCAGUUGGACGAGGUGCUGGCGAAGGAGCUAGGGAACUGCGGCGCUCAGCAGGCGCGGAUACAGCAGGAGGCGGAGCAGGGGCUUGAGGCGGCAAAGCUGCUGAUAGCGCAGGCGAAGGAGGCGGAGGAGAAGCGCAAGGCCGCGGUGGCAAACGCCGAGCUUCUCCUGAAGGAGCUCGAGGGCUACAUCGUCGAGGCCGAGGAGAAGGGCAAGGCGCUCAAGGAGGAGGCGAAGCCAUUCUCCGAGAGCGCCGAGAUGAGCCUGGACGACGUGAUCGCCGCGGUGGCAACAGUCGAAGAGGCAGGUGCGGCGGCCAAGGAUAAGAUGAAGGUGUGCACCGACUUCAUCACCGCCAGAGGCGCCGAGCUGAGGGUCUCCAUCCCGAUCGCGCCGCCCAGCCAGGCCUCCGCGGAGAAGCCUGCGUCGGAGAAGCCAACCUUCCAGGCGCUGCUGCAGCGCAUCAUCGAGUGCACCAAGGGGAACGAGGCGACGCUGAAGGAGGCCCAGGACCAGAAGGCAAAGGUCACCAAGAAGGCCAGCGCGAAGAAGCUGAUAGAUGUCCAGGACGCUCUGUUCGACAAGUACGCCUCGAAGGAUGGCUUCCUGGGCAAGCCGGAGGCAAAGAAGUUCGCCAAGGCCGAGUGCGACUGUACUCUCUCGGCGAAGGACUGCGACCGUAUCUUCGCCAUCCACGUGCCAGAGGGCUCGAAGGGCUUCAGGAGAGAGAGUUUCCAGAGGUUGAGGUGCGCCAUCGGCAUCGUGCGGGAGAAGGCGAAGGACAGCGUCAGGAAGGCGGCCAGGGAAGAGAAGGAGAAGGCGCUGAGCGAGCUCAAGGCGAAGCUGCAGGCGAAGGUGGCGUCCGCGCUCCAGGAGGCCACGGCGGCCGAGGGGCUCGUGGCCGAGGCGGAGGGGGCCGCAACGCCGCUCCACGCCAAGGUGGCCACCAGCUCCGUGGCCGAGCUGGCCAAGCUCGUCGAAGAGGUCGACGCCCUGAUCGAGCAGGCCAGAGAGAGCGUCCAGGAGCUGAAGAAGACCAUUGCGGGUGUCUCCGAAGGUGUAGACCCCCAGCUGACCUUCUGGCUGGCCGCCGAGAUGAGGCAAGUCAACAUGAAAACGGUGCCCCUGGAGCCUAGGCUCAUGAAGGUCGACAUGAUGGUGACACGAUUCCGAGACGAGUUUAAAAAGAAAGAGAUGCAGGAAUUGGACGUGGUUGAAAAGAGGGUCCUUCGGCACGUCAGGCACCACCAGAAAGAGGAUGGCCUGAAAGUCGAGGAGCUCUUUGACCUUCUAGAUGCCGACAAGGUCGGCAAUGUCAACGAGAAAGGCUUCCUCAAGUUCCUCGGGAGCUGCAAGACGGCACCCAAGGAGGACAAGGAGAGCGAGGCCGAAAAGGCAGAGCAGGACGAGGGCGACGGGAUGCCGCCCACGGAGGAGCUGAAGAGGCUGUUCAAGUAUCUGGACGAAGACGACGAGGGCAGCGUGCCCAAGGAGAGGAUGACUCAGUGGCUGAAGGUCUACAUGAAGGUGGCGAAGGAGACGGUGAUGUCCACCGAGCUGGGUAUCCAGGCAGGCGAGAAUGUGCGGCGGCUCGACGAGGGGGAGGCCGUGGAGGUCGUGUCCGCACCGCAGAAGGAGGAGACAGUUGGCGUUUUACGAGUGAGGGGCAUCGCCAUGAAGGACAUGGCCGAGGGGUGGGUGACCCUGCAGGGCUCCCAGGGCUCCAAGUUCUUAGUUGAGGGCGGCAACCUGUUCAAGGUCGUCAAGGAAACGAUCCUGACCGCAUCUUUCAGUCUCGGUGGCGAGGGUGACAAGGAGUCCCCGAAGAAGCUGAAGGACUCCAGCAGGAAGCUGAGGGCAGGCGAGCUCGUGGAGGUCAGAGAGUGGCCCAAGAAGGAGGAGGCCUCCGGCCUUGUGCGUAUGAAGUGCAGGGUGAAGACCGACGGCUCUGUCGGGUGGGUCACCGUGGUUGGAAACCAGGGCGCGAAGUUCCUGGAGCUGGCCUAGGCUCGGCGGCGCAUCCAGAGGGGAAGGCAGAGGGAGUGGGCCUUUUCAGAAGGGUCAGAGGGCCUCCAGCCUUCUGAGAAGCUCUCUGAGCCUGCCCCGAAGCCACGUAGGGCUUCUCAGCAGAAGGCUGGAGGGCUUCGCAGCUGUUCGUCCCUCAGGAAAAUCGCUGAACCAACCACCUGCUGGUCGAAAGGUGUGGAAGGCGAGGCUCC